AACGACGUGCAGGAGAUGAUCAAGACAGAGAAGCCGCACCCGGAGCGCCGGCUCCGAGGGGUCCUGGAGGAGCUGAGCAGCGGCUGCCUGCGCUUCCUGACCUUGGCUGACAAGGACCAGCACCACUCGUCCCGCACCAGGCUGGACCGGGAGAGGCUCAAAUCCUGCAUGCGGGAGCUGGAGAACAUGGCCCAGCAGGCCACGGCCCUGCGCUCCCAGGUCAAGAGGAACACCAUGAAGGACAAGCUGAAGCUGGUGCAGAACUUCCUGCAGAAGCUGCGGUUCCUGGCGGACGAGCUCCCCGGGAAGAGGGGCUUCGGCCCUGCCGGCUGGACAGUCCAGGCCAAGAUGGAGAUCUACCUGUGGCUGGGCCUCAACAAGCAGCGCAAGGACUUCCUCAGCGGCCUCCCCUGUGGCUUCGAGGAGAAGAAAACCCCCCGAGGCCAAAACCUGCCCUCCUUCCCGCCCAUCAGCCUCCUGUACACCAAGAAACAGGUGUUCCAGCUGCGAGCCCACAUGUACCAAGCCAGGAGUUUGUUCGCCGCCGACAGCAGCGGGCUCUCGGACCCCUUCGCUCGGGUCUUCUUCAUCUCCCAGAGCCAGUGCACCGAGGUUCUCAACGAGACCUUGUGCCCGACCUGGGACCAGCUGCUGGUGUUUGACAAUGUGGAGCUGUACGGGGAAGCUCACGAGAUGCGGGAUGACCCCCCCAUCAUCGUCAUCGAGAUCUACGACCAGGACACCGUGGGAAAAGCCGACUUCAUGGGCCGGACGUUCGCCAAACCAGUGGUGAAGAUGUCGGACGAGCAGUACUGCCCGCCGCGCUUCCCGCCGCAGCUGGAAUAUUACCAGAUCUACCGCGGCAACGCCACAGCCGGGGACCUGCUGGCUGCCUUCGAGCUGCUCCAGAUCGGCCCUGGGGGUAAAUCAGACCUGCCCCCCAUCGACGGCCCCACGGACAUGGACCGAGGUCCCAUCCUGCCUGUGCCCCUGGGAAUUCGGCCGGUGCUGAGCAGAUACAGAGUGGAGAUCUUGUUCUGGGGGCUCAGGGACCUGAAGAGAGUGAACCUGGCCCAGGUGGACCGGCCCCGCGUGGACAUUGAGUGUGCCGGGAAGGGCGUCCAGUCUGCCCUGAUCCAGAACUACAAGAAAAACCCCAACUUCAGCACUUUGGUCAAGUGGUUCGAGGUGGAUCUCACUGAAAAUCUUGGUUCCCAGCCUGAAUCCUCCAAACACCUCAACGGCUCCCUGGCCAUGACCAGCAGGGCCCACCGCUCUCGCCCCACAGGGGAGAUCGUGGUCAACAUGGAACCCGAGGUCCCCAUCAAGAAGAUGGACACGAUGGUGAAGCUGGAAGCUAAUUCCGAUGCAGUGGUGAAGGUGGAUGUGACCGAGGAAGAGAAAGAGAAAAAGAAGAAGAAGAAGAAAGGAGGAGGAGGAGGAGGAGGAGGAGGUGGGGAGGAAGUGGAGGAAGAGGAGCCGGACGAGAGCAUGUUGGACUGGUGGUCCAAGUACUUCGCUUCCAUUGAGACGAUGAAGGAGCAACUCCGACAGCAGGAAGCGGCCGCGGCAGAAGCUGAGGAGAAGGAGGAGAUGGAGAUUGGAGAGGGCUCCAAGGCCCAGGUGAAGAACAAGGACAAGGACAAGGACAAGUCCAAGGAAACCAAAGAUGACAAGAAAAAGAAGCAGCAGCCUGUGCCUGAGCUUCCCGAGAAGAAGAACAAGCAGAAAAUCGAUGAACUCAAGGUCUUCAACAAAGAGCUGGAAACAGAGUUUGACAACUUUGAGGAUUGGCUGCACACCUUCAACCUGCUCCGGGGGAAGAUUGGGGACAACGACGACAACGCCACGGAGGAGGAGCGGAUCGUGGGCAGGUUCAAGGGCUCCAUGUGCGUCUACAAAGUGCCGCUCCCCGACGACAUCAGCAAGGAGGCAGGGUACGACCCCACCUUCGGGAUGUUCCAGGGGAUCCCCAGCAACGACCCCAUCAACGUGCUGGUCCGAGUCUACAUCGUGCGGGCCACGGACCUGCACCCGGCUGACAUCAACGGGAAAGCCGAUCCCUACAUCGCCAUCAAGCUGGGCAAGACGGACAUCAAGGACAAGGAGAACUACAUCUCCAAGCAGCUGAACCCUGUUUUUGGGAAAUCCUUCGACAUCGAGGCCACCUUCCCCAUGGAGUCCAUGCUGACCGUGGCUGUGUACGACUGGGAUUUGGUGGGCACUGAUGACCUCAUUGGGGAGACCAAGAUUGACCUGGAGAAUCGCUUCUACAGCAAGCACCGGGCGACCUGCGGCGUGUCCCAGACCUACUCCAUGUAUGGGAAAAGCCUCCCCUGCCCCACCUCACACCUGGACCCUCCUCUGUGUCACUUCCCACCCAGAGCUCCCCCAGGAAUCUCCCCCCCUUGGCUGCCUGCUGCUGUCCGAGCUCUCCUUUGUCCCCCAGGCCAGAAGAAGCCGACGGACGAGCACCUGGCGCUGGCAGUGCUGCGGCACUGGGAGGACAUCCCGCGGGCCGGCUGCCGCCUGGUCCCCGAGCACGUGGAGACGCGGCCGCUGCUCAACCCCGACAAGCCGGGCAUCGAGCAGGGCCGCCUGGAGAUGUGGGUGGACAUGUUCCCCAUGGACAUGCCAGCGCCCGGCCCUGCCAUCGACAUUUCUCCCAGGAAACCAAAGAAGUACGAGCUCAGGGUGAUUGUGUGGAACACCGAUGAGGUCAUCCUGGAGGACGACGACUACUUCACCGGCGAGAAAUCCAGUGACAUUUUUGUCAGGGGGUGGCUGAAGGGGCAGCAGGAGGACAAGCAGGACACGGAUGUCCAUUACCACUCCCUCACUGGGGAGGGCAACUUCAACUGGCGCUACAUCUUCCCCUUCGACUACCUGAUGGCCGAGGAGAAGAUCGUCAUCUCCAAGAAGGAGUCCAUGUUCUCCUGGGACGAGACCGAGUACAAGAUCCCGGCCCGCCUCACCCUGCAGGUCUGGGAUGCCGACCACUUCUCAGCCGAUGAUUUCCUGGGGGCCAUCGAGCUGGACCUGAACCGCUUCCCCCGGGGAGCCAAGACGUCCAAGCAGUGCAGCCUGGAGAUGGUGACCAACGAGGCUGAGCUGCCCAUGAUCUCCAUCUUCAAGCAGAAGCGGGUCAAGGGCUGGUGGCCGUUCGUGGCCAGAGAUGAGAACGAUGAGCUGGAGAUCACCGGCAAAGUCGAGGCUGAGCUGCACCUUCUGACAGCAGAGGAGGCUGAGAAAUCCCCUGCUGGGCUGGCAAGAAAUGAGCCUGAUCCUCUGGAGAAACCCAACCGCCCGGACACGUCGUUCAUCUGGUUCCUGAACCCGCUCAAGUCCAUCAAAUACCUCAUCUGCACCCGCUACAAGUGGCUGAUCAUCAAGAUCGUGCUGGCCCUGCUGCUCCUCGUCAUGGUGGCCCUGUUCCUCUACAGCAUGCCCGGAUACAUGGUCAAGAAGCUGCUGGGAGCAUGA